CAUCGUCACGGACGACGUCGACGUCCUCGACUCUUUGAAUGGAAGAAAGCUACCUCCAGCAUCCUGUAAUACCGCGUAAUUCAUCUUCUUCUGCCAUUGACCUGACAGGAACCCCUGCGGGGAUUGCUUCAGCGCCUCCGAGUCCUUCUCCAUCCCUCGACACUUCCGAUCGUAUCACUCGACGACGAACAAGCUGGGGAAGAGUGGAGGCAGGCCAGGACCCUCUCAGUGGAUUUGACACGCAUUCUUUCGCUGCCAAUACAACGACGACGCCGGCCGUAUAUACCGUCAACGACGAUCCCUUCGACUCGCCAACGGAUGAUGUUCCACCCUUUUCGCGAGAUUUUUCAUAUUCAUCCAUCGUGAACCACUACGAUGACGGACAGAAUGACAUGUAUAUGUCUGGUCAGGCGGGGCCGUCGACUGCUUCAUUAAUACAGGCCCAGGGUGCUCAGAAGGACGGAGGGAAGGAGGACGAUGAAGUGGGGCUAACGUCGCGCAGCUCUCCAAACGAAAGAUGGUCGGAGUAUCGUGCGAAUGACCCUGAGAACGGCGUCGGUGCCACGCCAAGGUCGCGCAGAAGAACGGUCAGAUACAGUGCGACGCCCUCACCUUUGAGGAAGACGGGUACAGCUAUCAAGUCUGUCUCUCAGAACAUACGCCGUAUGUCCUUGCGCGUCGUCAAUCUUGCUGGCGCCGGCCUGGAAACACAGAUGCGUCUCGCCGACGACGAUCCAGACGAGGUCAAGACGGAGGAGGAGCUACCUGACUUGACUCAACGUCUACCUCUACGUGGCAGAACGAUAUGCUGUCUUGGACCGCAGAGCAGGGUUCGGCUGGCGCUGUAUAGAAUGCUCGUGUAUCCGUGGACGGAAACUGUCAUAUUACUCUUAAUUAUCCUCAAUGCUAUCAUACUCACUAUCCAAGCCGCACCUUCCUUGACAUUGCCAGACAGCGACUCAACGCCCCCUACUAUCAAAGGCUAUUUUCAAACAUGGGAGGACUAUGUGCUUUUUGUUCUAUUUAUUUUAUUUUCUUUGGAAGCUUUUGCUAGAAUAUGCGUAUCUGGUUUCCUGUUUGAUCCCGAAAUUCCUGCAACCACCCUCUUCACCGUCUUUUCCUCCCAUCACGACACGAAUUCCACACCUGCUGUGGGCUCUUCUUCUGCAGCAACACCGCAGUCCUCACUCUCCCGCAAUCUCUCCAUCACCCAGCGGCUGCGCAACUUGAAUCAUAAUUUGAGCCGCCCAUUCGCCCUGUCUUCCAGCCACGCGACACUCGUGCAUGACAACACUUUAAAUGCCCCCGAAAGUGAUGCAACUGCACCGGAAAAGUUCAGACACGCCGUUCAGUUCUCUCAGAGUUUUGCGCUCGAGCCGAAGGCUACUUUCUUAUCGCAGAUCAACCCGUUCCAUUCGUCCAAGUCGGACUACGUUCUACUCCCUUUUCAGCUCAGUCUCAAGCAGGCCCAUGAUAAGACGCACAGGAACAUCCCAUACCUACGACACAGCUGGUGUCGGAUAGAUUUUGUGGCCAUAGUCAGCUUUUGGAUAUCAUUCAUUCUGGCAUCUACUGGUGUUGAACGCGGCUCCAAGCACAUUGGCAUCUUUCGGGCAAUGAGUGUUAUUAGGACAGCGAGGCUCUUGACUGUCACAUCCGGCACUACUACCAUCAUGCAUUCGCUCAAAACGGCGAGACCCCUGCUAACAAGUGUUGCUUACUUUGUUCUCUUUGCUAUGAUACUCUUUUCUAUCAUUGGCAUCCAAGCUUUCAAAGGUUCUCUUCGGAGAGCUUGUUACCUAAGUCCGACACUUGGUGAAGAUGAAAUUCAGAUAGAUGAUCAAUAUUGUGGAGGCUAUAUUGACCCGGAUACUCUCAACGUCACCAACUAUAUCCAGCUGGAUGGUACACCUGGGACGACGAGUAAAGGUUACAUAUGCCCUAUAGGGCAAGUUUGUAGGGAGCAGGACAACCCAAACAACAACGUGGAAAGUUUCGACACUAUCUAUAAUGCGGCUCUUCAGGUCAUCAUCGUUGCUUCAGCUAACGGAUGGACGCCUCUGAUGUAUUCAAUGAUUGAUUCGGAGUUCUUUAUAUCAUGCUUGUUCUUCAUCAUAUGCGUCAUCAUCCUCAACUUCUGGCUCAUCAACUUAUUUGUCGCUGUCAUUACCAACACCUUUUCUGCAAUCAGAAAGGAAACCAAAACAAGUGCUUUUGGCGCUGGAACAAUGGAACAACUCGCUGACGAGCAAGACGAUGGCUGGCCUGCUGCAGAUGGCCGCCAGGUUCAACACAGAAAUGUCGUCAAAGUAAUCUACGAGCAUACACGAUAUUGCUGGGUAUUUCUUGCCCUGGUCUCCCUUACACUGCAAGCGACGCGAACUGUAAACGUUUCAGAAGUGCACGAAAUGGUCAUGUACUAUGGGGAACUAGCGAUCACAUUAAUUUUUGACCUGGAGAUCGUCCUACGGAUUCUAGCUUCCCUCCCCGAUUGGCGAGGCUUUUUCAAGGAAACGCAGAAUAACCUGGAUACCUUCCUAGCUAUUGGAACGAGUAUCAUCCAGAUACCUGUGAUCCACAACUCCGGCGCCUAUCCCUGGAUGACUAUCUUGCAGCUAUUGCGAUUCUACAGAGUCAUCUUAGAGGUUCCCAGGAUGCGGCCUCUUUUGUUGACUGUCUUCGGGAACAUGUACGGUUUGCUGAACAUGACUCUGUUCUUGAUCUUGAUCAAUUACAUUGCUGCCCUUGUCUCGGUCCAGCUACUACGCGGAGAUUAUACCUCAGACGAGACGGCGAACUUUGCGAACCUGUUUAAUGCCUUCUUAAACGUUUAUCAAGUGUUUUCUUCGGAAAAUUGGACCGAUGUCUUAUACGGUGCCGCAGGCGCGGAAGACGCGCUGGGCCAAACUGUGGUGGUGGUUAUAUUUAUCUCUGCCUGGAUGCUGUUUGCCAAUUUCAUCGUUCUCCAAAUGUUCAUCGCUGUUAUCAACGAGAACUUCGAUGUUGCGGAAGAAUCCAAGAAGGACAAACAAGUGACCAACUAUUACGCGACAACUCAUCAAACACAGAGCAGUGCGGGAUGGCUUAAACGACUGAACCCGUAUCGUUGGGUACCGGCUAACCCCAUCAAGGUCAAGGUGGAAAAUCUGCCAUCUAAUCUGAUCCUUCCGAUGCAGAAGUCGCUUGUUCAAGACUACAGCGUUCCCAAGCCUGAGUCCCCGACUACACCUACCGCCGGGUCGCACACAGCUCAGGGUGCGAGACAUUAUGCAACGAAGUCUUUGAAGUCUUUGCAUCAGUUGUAUGCUGGAAAGGCGGAAUCCAAUGAUGUUCCACUAGCAACUUUGAAGCAAUACCCUCGGGAAGAGCAUGUUCUCGAUGAUGAAGAAACAGAGCGGCAUCUAGAACUUUUGGCAUCGCUGAACCCUGAAGCUACUGCGACGGAGGAUCUGAAUGAUGCGCUAUACGAGCGAAAGGCGCGAAGGGCGGACUUCAUCCGUAAUCACCCCUACGACAACCCCCUUCGAAAGGCCUGUCAGAGGCUUGUCCUUCCAGCCAAUGGAGAGCGCAUAUUUGGCCAACCCCAUUCUCCCGUCGCGCAUACCAUUUUCCAGACGAUCCUAUUCAUGAUUGUGCUGGCCGGAAUUGUAGUGGAGAUCAUCGCUACUCCAAAGUUUCGUCGCAAUUACUUCAUCGAAAAUGGCCUCUCCCGUGGAGCCUGGUUUGACAUGGCCGAAGUUGCAUUUGGAUUCGCACUCCUCGUCGAGUUUCUUAUCAAAGUUGUCGCUGACGGAUUCAUGUUUACUCCGAACGCGUACGUUCAUAGUGUAUGGAACGUCAUUGAUUUCUUCAUCUUGGCUGGUUUACUGGUCAACGUGACGACCACUUUGAUCUUCAUCGGAGGACUGAGCCGACUAACGCGCGCUCUCAAGGCGCUACGUGUUCUCAGGUUCAUCACACUAUUCGAUGCCACAAGGACAUCCUUCCGGUCAUUGAUCAUCUCCGGCGCCUCCCGUAUUUUCGAUGCGGCUGUGUUGGCCAUUCUCUACAUGAUUCCUUACGCCGUGUGGGGUCUCAACUUGUUUGCUGGAAAGAUGAAUACUUGCAACGACAGUGACGCAUCGGGAUUGUCUGACUGCAUUAACGAAUACACCACUACAGUGUAUGGAAACGCAUUCGGUUUUGUCGCUCCACGAGUCUGGGACCACCCCUCACCAUCAACGAAGUUUUCCUUCGACAACUUCAAGUCUUCUCUACUUAUCCUCUUUGAAAUCGUGUCUUUGGAAGGCUGGAUUGAUGCAAUGGGUGUGGCCACCAGUAUCACAGGCCCGAAUCAGCAACCAUCUACGAAUGCAAGUGAAUAUAAUGCGCUGUUCUUUGUGAUCUACAACCUGUUGGGAGGCGUUAUUAUCUUGACACUCUUCGUCUCGAUAAUCAUCGGAAACUUCACUUCGAAGACUGGUACCGCCCUUCUCACAAAGCCUCAGAGGGAGUGGAUCGACUUGAAGAAGUUGAUUACUCGUCAAAGGCCUUCGAAAAGACCGAAGUCAAGGCCAACAUGGGCACUUCGUGCCUGGUGUUAUGACAGAGCGGUGCACAAGCAUGGCUGGUGGGCGAGAGUUAUGCUUGUGCUGUACAUAUUGCAUAUCAUUGCACUCAUGACUCAGACCUUCACCAACCAAAAUUUGGCCGACACUUUUCGCAACGACUUCUUUCUGGGACUGACGUUCGUCUAUCUCAUCGAUGUCGCAGUGCGAUUUCUCGGCCUCGGCUGGCAAAGUUUCCGCGCUAACGGUUGGAACAUCUUCGACAUAAUUUCUGCGGGAGGUAGUUUCGUCACAACGAUUAUCGUUAGGUUUGGAUCAAGCGGGUUCCUGACCCAGCAGCUACAAAAGUUGUUUCUCGUCAGUAUCGCCUUCAAACUGGUGCAACGGACGAACAGUCUCAACAAAUUGUUCAAAACCGUCAUGGCGAGUAUGAUAGCAAUCGUAAACCUGCUCAUUCUAUGGCUCGUCUUCUUCGGGUUCUUCGCAAUUCUCUACGUGGAGGUCUUCAGUUUGACGAAGUGGGGUUCUGCUGAGAACAGAAAUCAGAACUAUAACUCCGUCGCGAAUGCCCUUGUCAUGCUUGCUUUCAUGAGCACUGGGGAAGGGUGGAAUCAAUAUAUGCAUGACUACGCUGUUGUAUACCCUCGUUGUACAAAUGCGUCGUCCUCUCUUUCGGACUCGGAUUGUGGCAGUGUGGGAUGGGCUUUUACACUCUUUAUAGCAUGGAACGUCCUAAGCAUGUAUAUAUUUGUCAAUCUGUUUACUGGUGUUGUCGUCGACAACUUUUCCUACGUCUUUCAAACAUCUGGCGGUGCCAAGUCCAUUACCAGAGAACAAAUGCGAUCCUUUAAGAAGGUAUGGGCCGAGUUUGCAGAUCCAAAGACGGGUUAUCUGCUGAGGAACCGCUUCGCUGCAUUCUUUUCGAGACUCAGCGGCAUUUUCGAAGUUCGGAUCUACCCUGUGGAGUAUAACAUACCGAAUAUCAUGAACGCCUCGAAGACUACCGGAGAACAGUAUGCAAGAGAGGUUGAGGGGACCGAUCUCUCUAAAUUGUCUAAAGUGCUUGAUGGGAUCGAUUACGCCGCCGUCAGAAAACGGAGAGCGGUCUACAGUCGACUGUUUCACGAAGCGAGUGUCUCUCAUCAAGGUGUUGGCAUUUCGUUCACAGGGAUGCUCACUUUACUAGCCCACCAUAAGCUCAUUGUUGAUCAUGAGGCCCUAGUAUUACAAGAUCUCGUUACUCGGACGCGCACCAAUAAGCUUGUGACAGACUUGGUCAAUCUGGAUCGUGUCCGUUCUUUGCUGAAGACCAUUUCACACCGACGUCGCUUCUUGGCACACAUGGAACAAAAACGGCUGUCAAGAUUCGACUCGAAAGAAAUCCCGUCUAUCGUUGUGGAUACAAUGCCGGAGACGCCUCUGUUGUCAUCCCGCGAUAUAUCUUCCCUUGGAUAUGGUUCGGCGCCAGGAAGUCCAACACCGGAACAUCGAUUCGCUCCUCCAGAUAUACUUGUUGGUGGUAGUCCUGGACGUGGAUUACAAAGGAGCAGUCGAAGGAUCAGCGAUAUCAGCAUGCUAGGGACUGAUUUCAGUUUCAAAUUACCGAGGGAUUCAUCCAUAUUGGAGGAUGAUCCUGAUAACCCUUUCUCGUCAUCUAUGCAAAAUUCUAUCUGGGGAGAUCUUAUGUCGGAGGCUGUGAAAGAGGAGGGGAAUCGAUGAUAUGUUUGUAUGAACUAGACACUCAUUUGGAUCGGACU